UUUUUUUAUAAAUAGUAUGAAUACACAAAAUAAUGCUGUCUCGUUUGGCAUCGCAAACGGCGGGAUUGUCAGCAGAGCAAUGACUGCUGCAGCUGCUAAUAUCAGAAGAAGAUCUACGCAAAAAGAAAGAACGUCUCGACAGUAUUCAGUGUCUUUAUUUUAUUCAAUGGCCGCUGAAGAAGAUAAUGAAAUUGAAGAUGAUUUAGCACAAGCUCAAAAAAGUUUGCGUGAAUUGAAGAACAAGAUUUCUAAAGAGUCAAAAAAUAAUUUCUUGCUAGAAAGAGAUGUUCGAGUCUUGGAUUCACGAAUUGCCUUAUUAAUUCAGAAUAGAAUGGCACUGGAUGAUUCAAAUGAAAUGAUUAUGAAUGCGUCAGAAGAACAAGACGAUGGAAGCACAAGCAAUACACUUGAUAGUCGUAAAUUAAAACUGUAUAGCAACUUGUUCUUUCUAUUGCAAACGGAGCCUCAUUAUAUUGCAACUCUAUGCCGACUUGUAAGCUUGUCUGAAAUUGACAUGUUAUUACAGACUGUCAUGUUUACGCUUUAUGGGAAUCAAUAUGAAAGCCGAGAAGAAAAUCUACUUUUGACCAUGUUUCAGAAUGUUCUUGCUGCUCAAUUUGAAGCAGCAGAAGAGUUUGGUUCACUUUUGAGAGCCAAUACACCUGCUUCUCGUAUGCUCACUACCUACACUCGUCGAGGUCCUGGACAAGCAUAUCUUAAGUCCGUCUUGUCUCUCAAAAUUAAUCAACUUAUUGAACAAAAACGAGAUCUGAAUCUUCAAAUUAACCCAUUAAAGGUAUAUGAUGAACUAGUGGCUGAAAUGGAAGAAAAAGGUACCUGCCCACCUGAUUUUUGCAAGAGCGUUACGCCCGAAAUAGCUGCUUUAAACUCAGAAGUCCAGGCCAAGAUAGAGCCACGUUUAAGACAGUUAAUCGAGAUCGCUAAUGAGUACCUGCAAGUGAUUAUUGAUUCUCUAAACGAUAUUCCGGAUGGUAUUCGCUGGAUAUGUAAACAGAUCAGAUCACUGACGAAGCGCAAGUAUCCUAAUGCUUCAGACGAGUCUAUUUUCUCCUUGAUUGGUGGGUUCUUUUUCCUAAGAUUUUUGAAUCCUGCUAUUGUUACACCUCAUGCCUACAUGUUAAUUGAGUCUCAUCCUGAACAAAACACUAGAACUACCUUGACUCUCAUUGCUAAAAUGUUGCAAAAUCUUGCUAACAAACCUUCUUAUGCCAAAGAAACCUACAUGAUCCCUACCAAUGCAUUUGUGGAAGACAAUAAGCAACGCAUCAACAAGUUCUUGAAUGACUUGUGUGAAGUCAGUGACUUUUAUGAAUCUUUGGAAAUGGAUCAAUACAUGGCCUUGUCUCGUAAAGAUAUUAGUAUCAACAUUACACCCAAUGAAAUGUAUAAUACGCAUGUCCUGUUAAAAAAAUACAUCGAUAGACUUGCACCCGAACCCUUGCAUCAUCUUCGCAUUAUUUUAGAAGACCUAGGUCCUAUUGUGCCUAGUUUAGUACCACGCAAUGUCAAUCGCCCAGUUCAAUUGCCUUUGGAAAGUCGUUGGGAAGCCAGUUCAAUGAUGGCUCAACAAGACACGGUACUCAGCUCUUCAGAACAAAGCAUUACACAAAGCGAUAUUUUGUACAUGGAAACCAAAUCUAUCUUUGUACAAAUCGUACGUUCUUUACCUCAUACUAUCAAGAAUCUCGAUCUGAAGCAUAUUAUGGCAGCAACAGAGUCUGCCAAAGACACGCAGAUACUGAUCAAGGGUAUGAAGGCACAGGCCUUGUUGCAUGAACUAGAAAACGCUGGCGUUGUGACUCAACAAGACCGUUAUGCACUAUUGGUACAAGAGAUUAAGCAAGAGUUGACCCAUUUAGGCGAUCUCAAGGGCCGUGUGAUGAGUGAAAUUGAAUCUCUUGUUCAAGUCUACAAGACCAUCAAAGACCACAAUCGAUACCUUGAAAAUCAACUAGAUACCUAUAGAACUUAUCUAGACAAUGUAAGGGCACAAAGUGGGCAUGUCACUAUGGAUGUCAAAGAACCAAGCCAACAAAGACGCUUUGGAUUUUGGUCUACAACUUCUUCUUCUGAGCCAUCAACAGACUCCAAUGAUUAUCUCAAGAAACCUUCUGUGGGUCUUAGAAAGAAACCAAGUGGUAUAUUUAAGUUCUCUCAUCAACAAUUGGAAAGAGAUGGUGUGAUUGUAGCCACAGAUAUACCAGAUCAACACAAAGGGAAUAUUUUCAUGAUGAUACAAUGCCCUGUUACUGGUACAUUUAUUAUCUCUUUGCAUUAUAAGGGUAGAGAUAAACCAAUUUUAGAGCUUGAUUUGAAAUUGGACGAUCUUUUAGAGAAGCAAAAAGAACAAGAAGCUGUGCUUGACCUUGAAUACAUAAAACUGAGUGUCUAUAAAGUCAUUCAACUCUUAAAUAAGAACUUUAAAGGAAAAAACGGCAUAAGUCGAUUAAACUUUUUCUAGAGAUGACAGUAAAAAUAAAAAUAAUAGA